AUGAAGCUUUCCCACCUCAUGCACUGCGCCGUGCUCUACAUGCAAAUAGCUCACGCACGCGCCCAAUCCGCCCAAUCCGCCCAAGAACUAAUAAACUCAGUCCUGAACCCACCAUCAAACUCUUCACGCUACGCAUCCUACAGUUCAGAAAUAUACUUCAACCACACGCUCUACAACACCACACCCAUCGCCUCUACCAACUAUUUCAAACUCGAGGCCUCCGCGAAGAAGCUCCUAGCACCAGAAGCCUACGACUACGCAGCCGGCGGCGCAGGUUUAGAAAAGACCGUCGCGGCUAACAGAGCAGCGUUCGACAAAUGGCACAUCCUUCCACGCGUCAUGCGUCCUGUUCAACCGAAACGAGAUCUCAGUACUACGCUGUUUAAUAGAACGAUACCCGCACCGAUAAUCAUGGCUCCGGUAGGCGUACAAACGCUCUUCCACCCCACAGGCGAGCGCUCGACCGCCGCAGUCUUCGGACAGGAAGGCCUACCCUAUACGCAAAGCACAGCAUCCAGCACCGGGUUCGCAAACGUAGCUGCUGCGAACGGCGCCGGGAACCCGCGAUGGUACCAACUCUACUGGCCCUCCGACGACGACUUGCUACGCUCGUACCUCACCACCGCGAAGAAAAGCGGGUUCGAAGUCUUGGUCGUGACGGUAGAUACGUGGGAUCUCGGAUGGCGCACGCGCGACCUUGACAGAGGAUUCUUCCCUUUCAUCAAUGGCGUAGGUGUCCAAAUCGGGCUCGAAGAUCCGGUCGCGCAUGAAAAGCUUGGAUUCGAUCCGCUUGCGAAGAAUGCGACGGAGGAGCAGAAGCAGAUGGCGGCUUUGUAUCAUACUAUUGUGACGAGCCGCGGUGUGAGUCCCGUGUGGGAGAAUGUAGGGAAGUUGAGGGAGAUCUGGGGAGAUGCGCCGAUUUUACUGAAGGGUGUGCAGAGUGCUGAGGACGCAAAGCUUGCGAUGAAGUAUGGUCUUGAUGGGGUGAUUGUUUCUAAUCAUGGCGGGCGUCAAAUUGACGGCGCCGUCGGCUCGCUCGACGCUCUUCCUGCGAUUGUCGAAGCUGUAAAGAGGAAUUUGACCAUCGGCUUCGACGGUGGCAUUCGUUCUGGCGCUGACAUAUUCAAAGCCCUUGCUCUCGGCGCAGAUUUCGUCCAAGUUGGACGCCCUGUCCUGUGGGGUCUUGCACACCAGGGUGAGAAGGGCGUGCGUCAUGUAUUGAAGAGCUUGCUUGCGGAUCUGGAGAUUACGGUUGGGCUGGCAGGUUGCGCUUCCCUCAAGGACAUGGAUCGGAGUCUGUUAGUGGAGAAGAGAGGCUAG